CCCGUUCUUAUCCGGAAAAGCUGAGAGAGGAGCCUUUUGUGUGUUUAUGCGGCGGUGCUGGGGAGGGGGAAUGGUUGGAUCUGCCGGAGCCGAAAGCAGCAAAGGAGGCCGAACAAGCUGAGCUCAGAUGGCGCUCGACCUCGGCAAGAGAUUACUGGAAGCUGCCCGCGUCGGAGAAGAUAAUGAAAUACGGGUGUUAAUGCAAAACGGCGCACCUUUCACUACAGACUGGCUUGGGACAUCUCCCCUGCACCUGGCUGCUCAGUACGGCCACUACACCACUGUCAAAGUACUCCUGCAGGCCGGCAUUAGCCGAGACGCCCGCACUAAGGUGGAUAGGACCCCUCUGCAUAUGGCAGCUGCAGAUGGACACGCCCCUAUCGUAGAUCUGCUCAUCAAGAAUGGUGCCAAUGUCAAUGCCAGGGACAUGUUAGAGAUGACCGCUUUGCACUGGGCCUCAGAGAACAGUCACCACGAUGUGGUUCACUUGCUGAUAAAGUCCGGGGCAGAUGUCAACUCUUACAACAAGUUCGGCAAGACUCCCAUUGACAUUGCGCUGGACAAGAACAACCAUGAGCUGUUGGUUACCAUGCAGGAUGCGCUGCAGGGCAAACCCCUAACAAGGAGACCAAAUGUCAUCUCUGUAUCUUCCCCACACUAUAUCUUGACUCCUGUAGCGAAUAUGAAAUCCUCUAAUGCUCGAGGCACUGAAGUUGUGACAUUGGAGCCGUCAGUGCAGCAGUUGGUAGAAAACGGAGGUCAGAGAGUGAUCACAAUCGUAGCAGACGGCAUUCAGCUGGGCAACCUCCCCGGGCAACUUUCUGUCGGGAGCCUACGCAGUCCUCGAGUAGUAACCAUCCAGAAUGGAGAUCAAGCAGUGGAGGUGGCUGAAGAGCAAGUUGUAGAAGAGACUGUCGUGCUGGAAGUGUCGCCUCCUUCUCCUCCUGCCAAAAAGUACAGAGUUGCAUCAGCUGCUACAGAGGAAGGCCCAGAGGAGAACAGCAAUAAAGAGAGGCAACUGUUGGAGCAGCAGCUGGAGGAAGCCAACCUCCGUGCCUGUGAGUUCCGACAGCAGCUCCGAGAGAAAGAACAAGAGGCAGAGAACUAUAGAGUCAAACUGGAGAGUCUGGAAAGGCAACAAGUGAACGGGGAAAGAUUCACAGUAUUGGAGGAUGGAGACACCAUUAUUGUCUCGGCCGAAGAGCUGGCAGGAGUGCAGGUCACAGAGGUAGAGACUGUGGAGCACCAUUCUGACAUUCCCGCCACUUAAGAGACUACGUUUUCUUUCACAUUGGAACUGCUGUCUCUGGAAGAGACUGCUCUCACUGACCUGCAAUGCCUUAUCCAUGUACAUUCCUGAGACUGACCUCCGCCCAGGGUUCCUGCUCCUCCGAUUUUGCUGUUACACAGAGUCUGGGAAAUCCUUUCUCUUGGCAAUAUUCUGAAACUGUCACAAUUUAUAUUCUCUAGCCUCUGCCUGCAAAUGGCCUUAAUGUAUAGAAAUAUAUAUAUUUUUUUUCCAUAUAAUGACAUUUCCAAACAAAAAUCCUUUUUAAUUGAAGGGCGCAGACUUUUCCUUUCUGCAGGACGGGAGCCUAUUCUGUUCCAAAGGCGAGUGUUUGCCCUGCCAGUGCCUCUGUAUUUCUCUCUUGCUCCUCCCGACCGGACUUAUACACUCGGAUUAGCAGCGAGUAACCGUGUUUAUUUGUUAAUAACUCGUCUCUUCCCCUGGCACCAUUUGCACAUACCAAGGUAAUCUGCGAGCGGCACAGCAAAAACUGCCUCUUCAGGUUCAACUUACCUGAGGCAA